AUGUCGCCCUCCUUGCACGGCCCCUUGACGUUGCGCACGAUCGUGCGGUUGGCGUCCGGCGAGCCCUCCUCGGCCAUGAGGCGGACGCGGACCUGCGUUACGUUGCCGCGCGAGCCGGUGCGGCCGAGCACCUUGAUGAUCAAGCCGACCUGCGCCUGGUCUGACUGCUGCACCGUCACCUCCUCCUGCGUGGCCUUCUUAUCCUUCUUCGCAGCUGCAACCUCCGUCAUGACUACAAAGCUGCCGAUGCAGCAAUACCGGGAAAAAGACAAAGCAACAAGAAGAGAAAAGUGGUCACUAUGA